UCUGAGCUGUGCGUGUGCCACCCUGACUGGAAGCUUUCGGAGUACUGCGGGAGGGGUACCGGUGUGGGCCUGCAUUUCUGAAGCUACCGGGACCUUUCCCCCAGGGACACCCUAGAUGCCAGAAUACUGACAAUGAGAUGGCUUUGUUGACUCGACAGAUAUCUAAAUGCCGUCACUUGCUCAAGAAAAGUGGUAUUGUGAACAGCAGAGAACAACUAAGAAAGCAAUCUAUCAAAAUGUGGACACUUUCUCUUCAACAACUGGGGUUGCCAUUGCUUUGUCCUAACAGAUAUUCAUGUCAACCAGUGUCACCGAACUCUAAGAAUGUUCUUUUUGAUAACCAUGUACAGUUCUGCAGUUCAAGUAAUGAACUGAAUCAGAUUCCAGAAACGAAUUCAUCUUCUUUAGUUGAAAUAAUAUCUAAUUCAGAUACCAAAACACUGCAUAUAGGUUUAGAAGAUGUUUUGCCUACAUCUGCCUUGGAGGAAAUUUCAGAAGAUGAGGCUCUUCAGAUUGUAGCUGAACCACCACUUCCUUUUGAAUCUUUCACCCUUCAAGAUUAUGUUGAUCGUUCAGAAACACUGCAGAAGCUGGUGCUUCUAGGAGUUGAUUUGUCCAAAGUAGAAAAACAUUCAGAAGCAGGCCAGCUUCUUCUAAGGUUGGACUUUGAAAAAGAUAUAAGAAAAAUUAUCCUGUUUCUCAAGGAUGUUGGCUUGGAAGAUAAGCAGCUUGGGGCGUUUCUCACCAGAAAUCCUUAUAUUUUUAGAGAAGAUGUGGAAGAUCUAGAAACAAGGGUAGCUUAUCUAACAUCAAAAAAAUUCUGCAAGGAAGCAAUUGCACGAAUGGUCUCAGGGGCUCCAUAUUUACUCCUCUUUUCUGUGGAAAGAUUAGAUAAUAGGCUGGGCUUCUUCCAAAAAGAACUUGGACUCAACACACAAAAGACCAGAGAUAUAGUAACUCGCCUUCCAAGGUUAUUGACGGGCAGUCUUGAGCCUAUUAAAGAAAAUCUGAAGGUAUAUCAGCUGGAACUUGGUUUUAGUCAGAAUGAAAUUCAGCAUAUUGUACACAGAAUCCCGAAGACUUUAAGUGUAAACAAAAAGAAGCUAACAGAGACAUUUGAUUACUUGCACAACAUAAUGGGCAUUCCCCACAGCAUCAUGGUUCAUUUUCCUCAGGUUUUUAAUUCGAAGCUACUACGAAUCAAAGAAAGACACAUGUUUCUUAAACUCCUUGGAAGAGCACAAUAUGAUCCAAAACAGCCGAGCUAUAUCUCCUUGGAAAAACUGGUAUCUUUGCCGGAUGAUGUGUUUUGCACAGAAGUUGCCAAAGCAGCAGUACAGGACUUCCACAUUUUUUUGAAAACAGUGUAAAAGAAAAAAAAAAAGACUUUGUUAGAAAAUACAUCACCAGAUUUAUCUUAUAAUUGCGCAUCUUCUUUCGUAAAAAUGACAGCUGUGGUCUGUGGGCUACCAGUGGUCUGUGAGCUUUGUUCAGGUGGUCCAUGGCAUUUCCAUACUAAAUAUUCAUACUGAUUUUAAUUGUAUUUUUAUUAUAUUGUUCUUUAUUGUAUCACAAUUUGAAUUCAAUGGAAUGAAAAGUUAAUACCAUGAAAUACAAUAUAUAAGAAAUAAAAGAUGCAACAAAAAUAAAAUUAAAAGG